AAAACCCUUAACUCGCUGUUAAACCUUUAACCCAACAAAAACAACCUCAACUCAACAAUGGCGAAACCAUACGCCGUAGGUUUCUUUUCCGCCAUCGCUGCCGCAUCUGGCUUCUCUAACCACCACGCUUUCUCCGACUCUCCCCCUCCUUCCGACGAUCCCGAAACCCCUCCGCCGCCACCCAAAUUCCGAAACAACAAUCCUAGAACUACCUCUGCUGGGUUUGAUCCAGAACCUCUCGUCAAAGGAGCCAAAACCCUACACGAUAUCGCUACUUCACCUCAUGGCAAAAAUGUUUUUGAGAAUAUUAAAAAGAGAGAGGAUGAAAAACAAGCUGAAUUUGCUGCAAAGGUUGCCGAGUCUAAUCAAAUCAGAGCUCAACAUGAGGCUGAAAGACAAAGGAUUGCAUAUGAGGAAAAAAAGAAGCUUGGACAGCUUCAGGAUCAAAUCAAAUCCCAGUUGGCUAAGUAUAAGGAUGAGUUGACGAGGAAGAGGAUGCAGGCAGAAAAUGAACAAAAGAGAGCAAGGAACCAAGAGCUAGUGAAAAUGCAAGAAGAUUCUUCAAUCAAACUGCAGCAAGCUCGGCGUGCAAUAGAAGAACAGAUUCAGGCAAAUCUAAUGCAGACUGAAGCAGAGAUCGCUGAGAUUGAUCGUAAGACAAUCAAAGUAAAGGCUGACGCAGAAGCAGAAGCAGAUGCACUUGUAAUAAAGCAAACUGAGGAUGUUAGAAGGCGAGAUAUAUAUAAUAACGCUAAGAUUGAAACAGAAAAAUGGGUUGCUUCCAUAAAUGCUACUUUUGACCAUAUUGGAGGGGGUGUAAAAGCCAUUCUAACAGAUCAAAACAAGUUAGUUGUAGCAGUUGGUGGAGCUACUGCUUUGGCAGCAGGAAUCUACACGACAAGGGAAGGUGCACGGGUUAUAUGGGGAUAUGUUGAUAGAAUAUUGGGACAACCAUCAUUGAUCCGAGAGUCCUCCAUAGCGAAAUACCCCUGGUCUGGCACGUUGUCUCGUAUCAUGAGCUCCCUGUCCCGACGUACUGAUCUAGAAUCUGCUUCAAAAGUCAGAAAUGGUUUUGGUGAUGUAAUUUUGCAUCCUGAUCUUAAUAACAGAAUUGGGCAGCUGGCAUCUGCAACUAAGCAUACAAAAGAACAUCAUGCACCAUUCAGAAACAUGCUUUUUUAUGGCCCUCCAGGAACAGGAAAGACAAUGGCUGCUAGAGAGUUGGCUCGUAGAUCUGGAUUAGAUUAUGCAUUGAUGACCGGGGGAGAUGUUGCGCCACUUGGGUCGCAGGCUGUCACGAAGAUACACCAAUUGUUUGAUUGGGCCAAGAAGUCAAAAAGGGGUUUAUUGCUUUUCAUUGACGAAGCUGAUGCAUUUCUGUGCGAGCGGAACAAGAUUUACAUGAGUGAAGCACAAAGAAGUGCACUAAACGCACUCCUCUCUCGUACAGGUGACCAGUCCAAAGACAUAGUCCUUGCCCUUGCCACUAACCGUCCCGGUGAUCUCGAUUCAGCCGUGUCAGACCGUAUUGAUGAGGUCCUAGAAUUUCCCUUACCUGGAGAAGACGAGCGCUAUAAACUUCUUAAGCUCUAUCUGGACAAGUACAUUGCCCAAGCUGGAUCAAGAAAACCUGGUUUAGUCCAAAGACUAUUGAAAGGAAACCCACAAAAGAUAGAGAUAAAAGGAAUGACUGAUGAUAUCAUAAAGGAAGCUGCGGCUAACACCGAGGGAUUUUCUGGAAGGGAAAUAGCAAAACUGAUGGCAAGUGUCCAAGCUGCUGUGUAUGGAAGCAAGGACUGUGUUCUUGACCAAAGCUUGUUCCGAGAAGUGAUUGAUUAUAAAGUUGCUGAGCAUCAACAGAGAAGAAAAUUGGCAGGUGCUGAUAAACCUAGUGCAUGAGAAUUGAAGGAAGAUUUUGGAAUUAAAGUAUAGUGAAGUUUUAAUAACUAUUCAAUGUUUAUGACUAUAUGUAACAGCUGAUUAUGGUUUUUUGUCACGCUGAAAAUUAUUUUCUCCCUUGACCACUAAUCUUUGACUAUAGUUGCUGUACUGUGUGAUCAAGGAGAGGUUCUGUUUUACAUCGCAUUUAUUUUAUAAUAAUA